UACGGCGCUGCACAGAGGCAUUGUUCAAGCGGAGAAAGGAAUAACGCGCAAUUUUGCAGACAUCAGGACACGUCUAAAGAUUUUAAUGUGGGCUCAUUGUGAGUUGGGAUUAUAGCAUUCGAUUUUCUUUGGAAUUAUAACUUCUAGGAAAGAAAGAAGAUGUUGCUAAAUAUAAAACAUAUAUUUUGGUUUAUCUGCAUAUGCCAAACAACAACUGGACCUGUCUCUAGCACAUUAAUGGUGAUGGGUCCUGUCAGUGGAUUGUUAUCUGGGAAAGUGACCCUUCCAUGUCACUUCUCCAACAUUCCCACUGUUGCACCUAGCAACAUAGGAAAAGAUUACCUGCGCAUCAAAUGGACCAAAAUUGAGGGGGAUGUGGAGUCAACUGUUCUUGUCGCCCAAAAUGGCGUUAUUAAGAUUGGUUCAGGAUACCGGACUCGUGUUUCUGUGCCCAGUCACCCAGAAGACGUCGGGGAUGCUUCUUUAACAAUGGUAAAACUUCGGGCCAGUGAUGCUGGAACUUACCGCUGUGAAGUGAUGUUUGGAAUUGAGGACACACAAGAUACAGUCAGUUUAGAUGUUGAUGGCGUAGUGUUUCACUACAGGUCUCAUAUAAGCAGAUACAGUCUGAACUAUGCAGAAGCUGUGCAGACCUGUAAGGAUAUUGGAGCCACCAUCGCAACAGCAGAACAACUGAAAGCAGCUAAUGAGGAUGGUUUUGACCAAUGCGAUGCUGGGUGGUUAGCAGAUCAAACAGUGAGAUAUCCAAUCACUAAUCCAAGGCCUGGCUGCUUUGGGAAUUUGCUUCAAAAACCGGGUGUCAGAUCAUAUGGUCCACGUAACCCCACUGAAACUUUUGAUGUGUACUGCUAUGUGGACAAGCUUGAGGGAAAUGUUUUCUUUGCCCCCACCAUGCGUAAGAUGACUUUUAUUGAGGCCAAGGCUGAGUGUGAAAGCAGGAAUGCUGUGCUGGCCUCUCCGGGUCAACUUCACGCCGCCUGGAGACAGGGUCUGGACCGAUGCGAUUAUGGGUGGCUCUCUGAUGGCAGUGCCCGUCACCCUGUCUCUGUACCCAAACUUAAGUGUGGUGGUGGUCUGCUGGGAAUACGGACCAUGUAUCGCCACCGAAACCAAACAGGCUUCCCAGAUCCCAAUUUGAAGUUAGGAGCAUACUGUUUCAAAGGUUUUAAGUUUUUAUUCAACCAGUCCUCUUGGGUGGAUGUCACGGUCAUUAAUGCUACCACUGUGGAGCCCACCCUCACUACAGAGACCACAGUCCAGACGGAUGCUUCUGAUGAUGACCAGUUUUUUACAAACGUUUCUGAUGGUCAGGCCCCAACAGAUCCCCCUUAUAUGUUUUCUACAAGCAUGGCACCACCAAAGACAAGCCCUGUUUCUAACAAUCUGGAAUCUUUCAAAACACCCACAGUCGGUGUCAAAUCAGAGGAAAGUUUCUCAUCAACACUUUCAGAUUUUGAUAUUAGUGAUUUUGAAACUCAGACGAUUGAUGAAAAAGUAAAAGAUGUAGUAAAAGAUGUUCGUGGCGAUGUAGUCCUCGAAGAACCUACAACUGCUGUCCCCGCUACCACAGAAGCCGUUAUGGAUAUAAUGACAGAGACAACUUUUUUUGAGAGUGCUAAGUCUACUGUGUUCUCUGAGUAUGACGACAAUUUCAUUGAAGGCAAAGUUAUGGCAGAACCCUCACCUCAUCUGUUCGCACAGACAUUCACCAGCCAAGAAACUGAACCUACAGUGACCUCUAAUGGAUCUGAAGUUCCUGACCGAACAGUGACAGGAACACCUUCGCCUUCUGAUCAUGCAACAUCACACGAGAAAGCGGCUUCAGACGCUUUAGAGACACCCAAGGAGACACUAACAGAGGCCAAGGACACCAUCACAGAGGCCAGACAUCUCAAAUCAGUUAGUCAAAGUCCGGUGACUUUUGAGUUUCAGUCAUCACAGCGCAUGGUCGAACCUGAGGUACCCGAGGAUGAUGACUUCAUUUCCCCUCUACCUAUCAGUAUGGCUCCAGAUCUGAGAUUCAUAAAUGGAAAUUAUGAGGUGACACUUCAGCCCAAAAAUGUAGUGUUAGAAGUUAGAGGAGAUACAUUUGGAAGAGAGUCCCAUGUUAAACACAACUUGACCCAUACCAAAGAAGAGGAAACAACUUUUGAAUUUGAUAGUUCAUUAGUAGAAGCUGGUAAAACACCUCAAGGAAUAUCAGUUUCAGGACUUUACAUGGUUUCUCCCUUGUUCACCACAACCCUUGAUCCAGAAAAUAAAUUUGGCCAAGGAUCAACAGUAGUAGACUCUACUCCAGUAUCCACUCCCUUGGCAAUCAGUGAGGAAGAGACUCUCAAAGUGAAAGGAACUCCAAGCAUUUCAUUCUCUACCGAAAAACACUUCUCUGUGAAAGAGACUUUGUUCACUUCUGCACAGACAGAACAUGUAGAUGAGAAAUUAUCUGCCAGCACUGUCCCAAGCACAGUUCCAUCAGAGAUGACAACAAAGACUGUGAUGUCACCAUCAAGUUAUGCAUCAGUUCAAUCAUCCACAGAAAUUGACAGUUCAGAGGAGACCUCUGAAAUAUUUAGUAAAAAAAUCACAACAAGUUCUUCAUUGUUGACUACAACCAAAUCAGACAAAGAACUCACAAAAUCAGAAUCUGAUGCAACAGUUUCAGUCUUGAUACCCAGCUCAACAAGGGCUCAGACCCCAGACGAUCAGACAACUGAAACACAUACCAUACAGCCUUUUUCUACUCUAGACUCUACUCUCAAAGUGCAAACUGUUGAACUCUUGAGCACAGGAAGCACAGUCACAAGUCUAGAUGAAAUGUCUCCCAGUUCAUUUACAAGAGGGACUGAGACAGAGGCAACAGAGCUAUCAGCAAAGCCAUCAGAGUCCACCAUUGUUGAUGUUUCAGAGACCCUGUUUUCCUCUGCACAGACAGAACAUUUAGAUGAGAAAUUAUCUGAAAGUGCAAUCACAAGCACAUUUACAUCAGAAAUGACAGCAAGAGAUAUGCUAUCAUCAUCAAGUUUUACAUCAGUUCUAUUCUCUACAGAAAUUGAUGGUCCGGGAGAUGCGACGUCUGAGAUGCUUAGUAAAGGGUUCACAACAACAAGUUCUUCAUUGUUCACCACAACCAAAUUAGAUCAAGACUUCACAAAAACAACAUCCAAUGCAACAGGUUCGGUAUCAAUGCCUAGCUCAACAAGUGCCCAGACUGCAGACUAUCAGACAAUUGAAACACAUACCUGGCAGCCUGUGUCCACACAAGAAUCUACUCUAACAGCAAGUACCUCUAAGCCAUUGAUCACAGGAAGCACAGUCACAAGUCAAGAUGAUAAAAUAUCUCACAGCUCAGUUACCACAGGCUCUCUGGCAGAAACAACAGAGUUAUUAGCAAAGCCAUCAGAGUCCACCAUUGCUGAUGUUUCAGACAAUGUGUUCUCUUCUGCACAUACAGCAGAUUUAAAUAACAAAUCAUCUGAAAGUGCUGUCACAACCACAUAUACAUCAGAGAUGAUGACAAAAACAUAUGUUUUAUUACCAUCAAGUUUUGCAUCAGCUUUAUCAUCCACAGAAAUGGACGGUUCAGGAGAUGCGACGACUGACAUGCUUAGCAAAGGGUUCACGACAACAGAUUCUUUAUUGUUCACCACAACCAGAUCAGACCAAAAACUCACAGAAACAGCAUCGGACGCAAAAGAUUUAGUCUCAAUGCUUAGCUCAACAGACAAUCAGACAACUGAAACAUAUACCAGACAGCCUGUGUCAACACUAGACUCUACUCUAACAGCAAGUACCCCUGAGUCAAUGAGCACAGGAAGCACAGUCACAAGUCAAGAUUAUAAAAUUUCUCACAGCUCAGUUACCACAGGCUCUCUGAUAGAAGCAACAGAGUUAUCAGCAAAGACAUCAGAUGGCACCAUUGUUGAUGUUUCAGAGACUCUGUUCGCCUCUGCACAGACAGAACAAUUAGAUGAUAAAUUAUCUAAAAGCACUGUCACAAGCACAGUUGCAUCAGAGGCAACAUCAAAAGAUAUGCUAUCAUCAUCAAGUUUUAAAUCAGUUCUAUUCUCUACAGAAAUGGAUGGUUCAGGAGAUGAGACAUCUGAGAUUCUUAGUAAAGGGUUCACAACAACAAGUUCUUUAUUGUUCACCACAACAAAAUCAGACAAAGAACUCACAGAUGCAGCAUUCGGUGCAACAGGUUCAGUAUCAAUGCCUAGCUCAACAAGUGCCCAGACUGCAGACGAUCAGACAACUGAAACACAUACCAGGCAGCCUGUGUCCACACUAGACUCUACUCAAACAGCAAGUACCUCUGAGUCAGUAAGGACAGGAAGCACAGUCACAAGUCAAGAUGAUAAAAUAUCUCACAGUUCAAUUACCACAAGUACUGUCACAGAGGCAACAGAGCUUUCAGCAAAGCCAUCAGAGUCCACCAUUGUUGAUGUUUCAGAGACUCUGUUUUCCUCAGCACAUACAGAACAAUUAGAUGAUACAAUAUCUAAAAUUACUGUCACAAGCACAGUUGCAUCAGAGACAACAUCAAAAGAUUUGCUAUCAUCAUCAAGUUUUACAUCAGUUCGAUUCUCUACAGAAAUUGAUGGUUCAGGAGAUGUGACAUCUGAGAUGCUUAGUAAAGGGUUCACAACAACAAGUUCUUCAUUGUUCACCACAACCAAAUCAGAAAAAGAACUCACAGAUGCAGCAUCCGAUGCACAAGGUUCAGUAUCAAUGCCUAGCUCAACAAGUGCCCAGACUGCAGACGAUCAGACAACUGAAACACAUACAAGGCCGCCUGUGUCCACACUAGACUCUACUCUUACAGCAAGUACCUCUGAGUCAGUAAGGACAGAAAGCACAGUCACAAGUCAAGAUGAUAAAAUAUCUCACAGUUCAAUUACCACAAGUACUGUCAUAGAGGCAACAAAGCUUUCAGCAAAGCCAUCAGAGUCCACCAUUGUUGAUGUUUCAGAGACUCUGUUCUCCUCAGCACAUACAGAACAAUUAGAUGAUACAAUAUCUAAAAUCACUGUCACAAGCACAGUUGCAUCAGAGACAACAUCAAAAGAUAUGCUUUCAUCAUCAAGUUUUACAUCAGUUCGAUUAUCUACAGAAAUUGAUGGUUCAGGAGAUGUGACAUCUGAGAUGCUUAGUAAAGGGUUCACAACAAUAAGUUCUUCAUUGUUCACCACAACCAAAUCAGACAAAGAACUCACAGAUGCAGCAUUCGAUGCAACAGGUUCAGUAUCAAUGCCUAGCUCAAGAAGUGCCCAGACUGCAGACGAUCAGACAACUGAAACACAUACCAGGCAGCCUGUGUCCACACUAGACUCUACUCUAACAGCAAGUACCUCUAAGUCAAUAAGCACAGAAAGCACAGUCACAAGUCAAGAUGAUAAAAUAUCUCACAGCUCACUUUCCACAGGCUCUUUGACUGAAGUAACAGAGUUAUCAGCAAAGCCAUCAGAGUCCACCAUUGUUGAUGUUUCAGAGAUCCUGUUCUCCUCUGCACAGACAGACGAUAUAGAUAAGAAAUCAACUAAAAGCACUGUCACAAGCACAGUUUCAUCAGAGACAACAUCAAAUUAUAUUCUAUCAUCAUCAAGUUUUGCAUCAGCUUUAUCAUCCACAGAAAUGGACGGUUCAGGAGAUGUGACAUCUGAGAUGCUUAGCAAAGGCUUCACAACAACAGAUUCUUUAUUGUUCACCACAACCAGAUCAGACCAAGAACUCACAGAAACAACAUCUGAUGCAACAGGUACAGUCUCAAUUCAAAGCUCAACAGGUGCUGAGACAACAUACGAUCAGACAACUGAGACACAUACCAGGCAGCCUGUGUCAACACAAGACUCUACUCUAACAGCAGGUACCUCUAAGCCAUUGAGCACAGGACGCACAGUCACAAGUCAAUAUGAUGAAAUAUCUCACAGCUCAGUUACCACAGGCUCUCUGACUGAAGCAACAGAGUUAUCAGCAAAGCCAUCAGAGUCCACCAUUGCUGAUGUUUCACAGACUCUGUUCUCCUCUGCACAGACAGAACAUUUUGAGGAGAAAUUAUCUGAAAGCAAAUCAGAGACAACAUCACAAGACAUGCUAUCAUCAUCAUCAAGUUUUACAUCAAUUCUAAUUUCAACAGAAAUUGACGGUUCAGGAGAUGCACCCUCUGAGAUGCUUAGUAAAGGAUUCACGACAACAAGUUCUUCAUUGUUCACCACAACCAAAUCAGACAAAGAACUCACAGAUGCAGCAUCCGAAGCAACAGGUUCAGUAUCAAUGCCUAGCUCAACAAGUGCCCAGACUGCAGAUGAUCAGACAACUGAAACACAUACCAGGCCGCCUGUGUCCACACUAGACUCUACUCUAACAGCAAGUACCUCUGAGUCAAUAAGCACAGAAAGCACAGUCACAAGUCAAGAUGAUAAAAUAUCUCACAGCUCACUUUCCACAGGCUCUUUGACUGAAGUAACAGAGUUAUCAGCAAAGCCAUCAGAGUCCACCAUUGUUGAUGUUUCAGAGAUCCUGUUCUCCUCUGCACAGACAGAAGAUAUAGAUAAGAAAUCACCUAAAAGCACUGUCACAAGUACAGUUGCAUCAGAGACAACAUCAAAUGAUAUGCUAUCAUCAUCAAGUUUUGCAUCAGCUUUAUCAUCCACAGAAAUGGACGGUUCAGGAGAUGCGACGUCUGAGAUGCUUAGCAAAGGCUUCACAACAACAGAUUCUUUAUUGUUCACCACAACCAGAUCAGACCAAGAACUCACAGAAACAACAUCUGAUGCAACAGGUACAGUCUCAAUUCAAAGCUCAACAGGUGCUGAGACAACAUACGAUCAGACAAAUGAAAUACAUACCAGGCAGCCUGUGUCCACACAAGGCUCUACUCUAACAGCAGGUACCUCUAAGCCAUUGAGCACAGGAAGCACAGUCACAAGUCAAUAUGAUGAAAUAUCGCACAGCUCAAUUACCACAGGCUCUCUGACUGAAGCAACAGAGUUAUCAGCAAAGCCAUCAGAGUCCAUCAUUGUUGAUGUUUCAGAGACUCUGUUCUCUUCUGCACAGACAGAACAAUUAGAUAAUACUUCAUCUAAAAUCACUGCCACAAACACAGUUACAUCAGAGACAACAUCAAAAGAUAUGCUAUCAUCAUCAAGUUUUACAUCAGUUCUAUUUUCUACAGAAAUUGAUGGUUCAGGAGAUGCAACAUCUGAGAUGCUUAGUAAAGAGUUCACAACAACAAGUUCUUCAUUGUUCACCACAACCAAAUCAGACAAAGAACUCACAGAUGCAGCACCCGAUGCAACAGGUUCAGUAUCAAUGCCUAGCUCAGCAAGUGCCCAGACUGCAGACUAUCAGACAACUGAAACACAUACCAGGCAGCCUGUGUCCACACUAGACUCUACUCUAACAGCAAGUACCUCUGAGUCAAAAAGCAUAGAAAGCACAGUCACAAGUCAAGAUGAUAAAAUAUCUCACAGCUCAUUUUCCACAAGCUCUUUAACUGAAGCAGCAGAGUUAUCAGCAAAGCCAUCAGAAUCCACCAUUGUUGAUGUUUCAGAGACUCUGUUCUUCUCUGCACAGACAGAAGAUAUAGAUAAGAAAUCAUCUGAAAGCGCUGUCACAAGCACAGUUGCAUCAGAGCCAACAACAGAAUAUAUGCUAUCAUCAUCAAGUUUUGCAUCAGCUUUAUCAUCCACAGAAAUGGAUGGUUCAGGAGAUGCGACAUUUGAGAUGCUUAGCAAAGGGUUCACAACAACAGAUUCUUUAUUGUUCACCUCAACUAGAUCAGACCAAGAACUCGCAGAAACAACAUCCGAUACAACAGGUACAGUGUCAAUUCAAAGCUCAACAGGUGCUGAGACAACAGACGAUCAGACAACUGAAACACAUACCAGGCAGCCUGUGUCCAGAAAGGAUUCUACUCUAACAGCAGGUACUUCUAAGCCAUUGAGCACUGAAAGAACAGUCACAAGUCAAGAUGAUAAAAUAUUUCGCAGUUCAAUUACCACUGGCUCUCUGACAGAAGCAACAGAGUUUCCAGCAAAGCCAUCAGAGUCCACCAUUGUUGAUGUUUCAGAGACUCUGUUCUCCACUGCACAGACAGAACAUUUAGAUGAUAAAUUAUAUAAAAGCACUGUCACAAGCACAGUUGCAUCAGAGACAACAACAAAAGAUAUGCUAUCAUCAUCAAGUUUUGCAUCAGCUUUAUCAUCCACAGAAAUUGAUGGUUCGGGUGAUGCGACUUCUGAGAUGCUUAGUAAAGGGUUUACAACAACAAGUUCUUCAUUGUUUACCACAACCAGGUCAGACCAAGAACUCACAGAAACAACAUCUGAUGCAACAGGUACAGUCUCAAUUCAAAGCUCAACAGGUGCUGAGACAAUGGACAAUCAGACAACUGAAACACAUACUAAACAGCCUGUGUCCACACUAGACUCUACUCUAACAGCACAUUCCUCUGAGACAUUGAGCACAGGAAGCACAGUCACAGGUCAAGAUUAUGAAAUAUCUCAAAGUUCAGUUACCACAGGCUCUCUGACUGAAGCAACAGAGUUAUCAGCAAAGCCAUCAGAGUCCACCAUUGUUGAUGUUUCAGAAACUAUGUUCUUCUCUGCACAGACAGAACAUUUAGAUGAUAAAUUAUCUGAAAGCACUGUCACAAGCACAGUUGCAUCAGAGCCAACAUCAAAAGAUAUGCUGUUAUCAUCAUCAAGUUUUACAUCUGUUCUAUUCUCUACAGAAAUUGAGGGUUCGGGAGAUGCAACGUCUGAGAUGCUUAGUAAAGGGUUCACAACAACAAAUGCUUCAUUGUUGACCACAAUCAAAUCAGACAAAGAACUCACAGAUGCAACAUCCGAUGCAACACGUUCAGUAUUAAUGCCUAGCUCAAUAAGUGAUCAGACAACUGAUGAUGAGACAACUGAAACACAUACAAGGCAGCCGGUUUCCACACAAGAUUCUACUCUAACAGCAAGUACCUCUGAGUCAAUGAGCACAGGAAGCACAGUCACAAGUCAAGAUGACAAAAUAUCUCACAGCUCACUUUCCACAGGCUCUUUGAGUGAAGUAACAGAGUUAUCAGCACAGCCAUCAGAGUCCACCAUUGUUGAUGUUUCAGAGACUCUGUUCUCCUCUGCACAGACAGAACAUUUAGAUGAUAAAUUAUCUAAAAGCACUGUCACAAGCACAGUUGCAUCAGAGACAACAUCAAAAGAUAUGCUGUUAUCAUCAUCAAGUUUUACAUCCGUUAUAUUCUCUACAGAAAUUGAUGGUUCGGGGAAUGUGACGUUUGAGAUGCUUAGUAAAGGGUUCACGACAACAGGUUCUUCAUUUUCUAGCACAACCAGGUCAGACCAAGAACUCACAGAAACAACAUCCGAUGCAACAGGUACAGUGUCAAUUCAAAGCUCAACAGGUGCUGAGACAACAGAUGAUCAGACAACUGAAACACAUACCAGGCAGCCUGUGUCCAGAAAAGAUUCUACUCUAACAGCAGGUACUUCUAAGCCAUUGAGCACUGAAAGAACAGUCACAAGUCAAGAUGAUAAAAUAUUUCGCAGUUCAAUUACCACUGGCUCUCUGACAGAAGCAACAGAGUUUCCAGCAAAGCCAUCAGAGUCCACCAUUGUUGAUGUUUCAGAGACUCUGUUCUCCUCUGCACAGACAGAACAUUUAGAUGAUAAAUUAUAUAAAAGCACUGUCACAAGCACAGUUGCAUCAGAGACAACAACAAAAGAUAUGCUAUCAUCAUCAAGUUUUGCAUCAGCUUUAUCAUCCACAGAAAUUGAUGGUUCAGGAGAUGCGACGUCUGAGAUGCUUAGUAAAGGGUUUACAACAACAAGUUCUUCAUUGUUUACCACAACCAGGUCAGACCAAGAACUCACAGAAACAACAUCCGAUGCAACAGGUACAGUCUCAAUUCAAAGCUCAACAGGUGCUGAGACAAUGGACAAUCAGACAACUGAAACACAUACUAAACAGCCUGUGUCCACACUAGACUCUACUCUAACAGCACAUACCUCUGAGACAUUGAGCACAGGAAGCACAGUCACAGGUCAAGAUGAUGAAAUAUCUCACAGUUCAGUUACCAUAGGCUCUCUGACUGAAGCAACAGAGUUAUCAGCAAAGCCAUCAGAGUCCACCGUUGUUGAUGUUUCAGAAACUAUGUUCUUCUCUGCACAGACAGAACAUUUAGAUGAUACAUUAUCUGAAAGCACUGUCACAAGCACAGUUGCAUCAGAGCCAACAUCAAAAGAUAUGCUGUUAUCAUCAUCAAGUUUUACAUCCGUUCUAUUCUCUACAGAAAUUGAGGGUUCGGGAGAUGCAACGUCUGAGAUGCUUAGUAAAGGGUUCACGACAACAAGUUCUUCAUUGUUGACCACAAUCAAAUCAGACAAAGAAUUCACAGAUGCAGCAUCUGAUGCAACACGUUCAGUAUUAAUGCCUAGCUCAAUAAGUGAUCAGACAACAGAUGAUGAGACAACGGAAACACAUACAAGGCAGCCCAUUUCCACACAAGACUCUACUCUAACAGCAAGUACAUCUGAGUCAAUGAGCACAGGAAGCACAGUCACAAGUCAAGAUGACAAAAUAUCUCACAGCUCACUUUCCACAGGCUCUUUGACUGAAGCAACAGAGUUAUCAGAAAAGCCAUCAGAGUCCACUAGUGUUGAUGUUUCAGAGAUCCUGUUCUCCUCUGCACAGACAGAAGAUAUAGAUAAGAAAUCACCUAAAAGCACUGUCACAAGCACAGUUGCAUCAGAGACAACAUCAAAAGAUAUGCUGUUAUCAUCAAGUUUUGCAUCAGCUUUAUCAUCCACAGAAAUGGACGGUUCAGGAGAUGCGACAUCUGAAAUGCUGAGCAAAGGAUUCACAACAACAGAUUCUUUAUUGUUCACCACAACCAAAUCAGACCAAGAACUCACAGAAACAACAUCCAAUGUAACAGGUACAGUCUCAAUUCAAAGCUCAACAGGUGCUGAGACUAUGGACAGUCAAACAACUGAAACACAUACUAAACGGCGUGUGUCCACACUAGAGUCUAUUUUAACAGCACAUACCUUUGAGCCAUUGAGCACAGGAAGCACAACAACAAGUUCUUCAUUGUUCACCACAACCAAAUCAGACAAACUCACAGAAGCAGCAUUUAAUGCAACAGCUUCAGUCUCAAUGCCUAGCUCAACAAGUGCCCAGACUGCAGGCAAGCAAACAACUGAAACACAUACAGAGCAGCCUGUUUCCACACAAGAUGCUACUCUAACAGCAAGUAUCUUUGAGUCAAUGAUCACAGGAAGCACAGUCACAAGUCAAGAUUAUAAAAUAUCUCACAGCUCAAUUACUACAAGUACUGUUACAGAGGCAACAGAACUUUUAGCAAAGCCAUCAGAGUCCACCAUUGCUGAUGUUUCAGAGACUCUGUUCUUCUCUGCACAGACAGAACAUUUAGAUGAUAAAUUAUCUGAAAGCACUGUCACAAGUACAGAUGCAUCAGAGAUGAUGACAAAAGAAGAUGUGCUAUCACCAUCAAGUUUUGUAUCAGUUAAAUCAUCCACAGAAAUUGAUGGUUCAGGAGAUGAGACUUCCGAUAUGUUCAGUAAAGUGUUCACAACAAGAAGUUCCUUAUUGGUCACAACGUCCACAUCAGACCAAGAGAUCACAAAAUCAGCAUCUGAUAUAACAGAUACAGUCUCAAUACUUAGCUCAGCAAGUCCUGGAACCCUAGCCGAUCAGACAACAGAAUCACAUACAAAACACCAUAUUUCUACUCUAGACUCUAGUCUAGCAGAGCAAAUAUCAGAGAAGAUGGCAACAAGUGUAACAUCCAUUUUGUCAUCCUCAGAAACUGAUGGUUCAGAAGCAGUCACUCCCAGUCUAACAAUCAGUUUAUCUCAUUUAAGCACAAGCAAAGUGUUUAUGUCAUCUGACAAAACAACUUUUGUAGAUGCAGAGGAUGGCACAGCAGAUGUUGAGGGAUCAGGAGAUCAGUUUACACAGGUAUCCUCUGUCAUGCAUGUUUCAUCAUCAGCUAUCAAAGCUCAGUCUUCUUCUCCCACAGUUCCUUCAACUAGUACUGCCUUUAUAGUAAAAACUGACCUUGAUGCCACUCAACUAAAAGAUUUUGAUCAGGAUGACAGGUUAACAUUAUCAACUAAAACAUAUGAUAAUUAUACUGUGGCCACUGAUGAGGCUGAAAUUGUUGAAACUAACCACACAAAAAUGCCAGAGCAACGCUCAUCCCAUUCAACAUUGUUCACUACUAAAGCGACACUGCUGUCCAGCACAGUAGUUCAGACAGCAGUGACAGCCCUCUUUAAUGAUGGAAUUACUGAAUUUACAGAAAGUGAAGUAAAUGUUGAUGGUGGCUCUGGUGAUGAAAUAUCAACAGAUGUUCUUGAGUCAAUUCCUUUUCAAGCUACACCAUCAGAAGAUACAGCAUCUUCAACCACAUUCACCCAAACUGAGAAAAGUAUUUUACAUUCAUCUCAACCUGCAACACCUGCUCCAAUAUUGUCAAGCACAUCUAAAGCUUACUCAUUUUCAGACAGACAAAUUACCAUACAGCCAAUCACUGCAGAUAUUAACUUAGAGGGUUCAGCAUUUUUAACCACAAAUGAUGACCAAGAGAUUACGUCACCAGAUGAAUCUACUAGUAAGAUAUCAGAAACACCAACAACCAAAACAUAUGAAGAAUAUGUAAGAACUGAUGAGGCGGAAAUUGAUGAGACAAGUUUCUCCAGCGUUGAAUCUGUCACUGGUACUACAGAAAGUCAGUCCGCUUUAUCCCCAUUUCCCUCAUUCAUGAGCUCCACCGAGCCAACUAUAACAGUUAAAGCUUCAAUUUUAGAUGAUGGCAGUGGUGAUACAACAGAGGACUCAACAGAGGGCGAUGAAGCAGAAGAAGAUGGCUCAGGUGUUGACACAACUCCUGCAACAUCAUCACCUUUGGUUUCAAGGUCAGUGGUGACAGAGACAACCAUUAGCCCAACAUCCUUCAGGAUAGCCAGCACUGGAGAUGAAAAUACAAACAAAACGGUUUCACAUAAAACCAUCACACCUGAAAUGCAGAGAUUUUCCUCAAGCACUCCGGUCGUAGCACAGACAGAGUACAAACCAUCUGUUGGUUCUAUAACAGCCUCAGAAUCCACUAGUUUUACGGCUCCUAACACAUAUAUUACAUCUUCUGAUAUUGUAAGCAGCCUCACUGCAUUGCCUAUAUCAGUGACAUCCCAAGGUCCUGUGUCCGUCCCCACACCAUCAGUCUUCUACAAGGACAUUACUGACCAGCAAGUAACAGGUGUAACUCCAACAAGCACUGUCUUAAUAUUUACAGAAGAUGAAAAAGAUGAAGAUAAACUGUUUUCAACAGUAACAGAGAGUAUGAGAGAUCAUAGCAUCAAACUUGAUGUUAUCACUAAAGAUGACAUAAUCAUUGAUGCAGAUGCUGUGUCUAUUUCUGAGCUGUCUUCACCUUUUGCCCCGACAAUUAUAACAGAAGAAGCCAUCGGAGAUACGGAAAUUGUCAUGACGCCACAACCCUCAAGUAUAAUGACAGAAGAAACAGAUGGUUCCGGAAUAGAGGGCACUGAGUUAAAUCAACUCCAUGUGACAUAUCAAACAGGAGAGAUAUUGGUUAAACAAACAACAUCAGAACCAGACAUCCUGCAGAGCAGUUCAACAUAUGUAGAUGAAGAAGCGCAAGCAACACUAUCUCCUGAGGCUACUAGUGCUUACUUACUCCAAUCUUCACUAGUUGGUAAAAUCUUCACAGAAUCCACAGAAGCUACAAUGGAAAUACUGACUGAAGAUUUAUCUGAAGCCAGUACAUCUACCGUGGAUUAUAGUGUAAAAACGUUAAGUUUAACCCCCAAGACAUCUCAAGCAGCUACUUUAUCCACAGAACAUUUUAAGACCACUGCUACUACUUAUACCAAAACAGCAGUGACAGCUGAUUUAACAGUUGGAACUGAGGAACCGCUAGACAGCAAAGGUGUAGAUACCAUUGAACCCUCUACCGAUGAGACAAUUGGGGAGAGUGAAUUAACAAGCACAGAUACAACCUCCACAUCUGGUAUUACAAAUCCAUUAAAUUCAUCCAUAGAUGAUGGCUCGGGUGACUUGUUUACAGAAGGUCUGACUAAUUUAACCCCUUUAACAGCAGCAGAGGAAGAUUUGUCCACUUUAUCAUAUAUUUCAGUGUCAUCAUCUAUAGCUACGGAUGUUGUGAUUCACUUAGCAACAACGCCUUUGCCUAAAACAGUAACAGUAACUGAUAGGGAGCCAUAUGAACAAGCUUUGUCUGAUAUGACAGUUACACAUGAGCCCCAGACAAAUUUCAGGACAGAUGGAGAAAUACCACUGAUUUCAACGAUCAUACCAAAACCCCUUAUAUCUGCAUCAAAGUUUAAUGACAGUACAGAGAUAGCAACAUUUACAGGAUCUCCUAACACUACACAAAUACCAGUGGUAAGAGAUCAACCAACCAACACACCAGAUAGUUUAGAUUACACAACACUUUUCUCUGAAAGAAGGACAGAUGACAUGGAUUAUGGAACAGCAUCAGAACCUUUUAGUGUAGAGUCUAUACCGGAUUUCGUUCAAAAAACUGAAUCAACAACAAAACUAGACACUGAAACUGAGACUAGUUUAGAGAACACACUACCAGAUGUCACGCAUGCUCCAAGUUCUGCUGCGAUAUAUGAAGAAAAAAUUCUGGAAGGUCAAAGAGUUGAAAAUAUAACUACACCUAAACCAGACACAGGUCUCGUGACCACUGCACGACCUGAAUAUGAGGGUUCUGAAAUGACCACUAGCUCUAAAAGCAGCCUGGAGGAGGCUUCAGUUAUCAUGCCGUCAUCGGAAGAGGUUCAGACAGUGAUUAUGUCGACUGCAACGACUUCACCCUUGCUUUGGACAUCUGAGUCUUUAAGUAAGGAAAAUGCCUCUAGGACACAGGAGGCAGCUGGUCAGAUUGAGGAUGCUUUAACUCCAACUGCUAAGAUUUCAUUUCUGUCGUCAGAAGAUUCUGAGGUUGAAGGCUCACCAUUUGACAUUCCAGGUGUUCACAGCUGUUCUGAUAAUGUCUGCUUGAAUGGUGGCUCUUGUUUAAAAAUGGGUGGUGCUCAGAUCUGCAGCUGUCCAUCUGGAUACAGUGGGGAACUCUGUGAAAGAGAUUUUGAUGAAUGUCACUCAAAUCCGUGUCGUAAUGGUGGAACAUGUAUUGAUGGCCUGAACUCCUACACCUGUUUAUGUCUACCAAGUUAUACAGGAGCACUGUGUGAGCAAGACACGGAAACAUGCAGCUACGGCUGGCACAAGUUUCAGGGUCACUGCUACAAAUACAUUCCCAAUCGGCGUAACUGGGAAACAGCAGAGCAUGAGUGUCGCAUCCAGGGGGCACACCUUGCAAGUGUCCUGACCCAUGAGGAGCAGCAGUACAUCAACCGCCUUGGUCAUGAUUACCAGUGGAUUGGUCUGAAUGAUAAGAUGUUUGAGAAUGAUUUCCGGUGGACAGAUGGUAGUGUUGUGCAAUAUGAAAACUGGAGACCAAACCAGCCGGACAGUUUCUUCUCUUCUGGUGAAGACUGUGUGGUAAUGAUCUGGCAUGAGGACGGUCAGUGGAAUGACGUACCCUGCAACUACCACCUCACCUUCACCUGCAAGAAGGGCACAGUAUCUUGCAGUCAGCCACCUGUGGUCCAUAAUGCCCGCACAUUUGGACAGGCACGUCCAAGCUAUGAGAUCAACUCCUUGAUCAGGUACCAGUGCAAAGAUGGUUUUAUCCAGAGACACGUUCCCACAAUUCGCUGCAGAGGAGAUGGUUCAUGGGAUCUCCCCAGAAUUUCCUGCUUAAGUCCAUCCAACUUUCAAAGGAGUUAUGCGAGAAGAUAUCAGACAUACAGCCUUUAUCGCCAUCAAAAGAGAUCUAUAGGAACGUCUGCUGAUAUACACUGACGACACCAUUACUUUGGUGCAAUACAUCCUCGGACACAACAGUAGUUGCAACCACAGUUGGAAACCUUAAUGUUAGGGUCCUCCCAGUAUAUUUUUGAUAGCUUAUGACGGACCUGCUUGCUAGGUGAAAUGAAAAUGAAAAGGAUGACACAACAUUCAACAUAGAGUGGGAUAUCACUGGAAUCAAACAGUGCCUUUAAAAAUAUUUUUAAGAGUUUUUUAUAGAGAUGAUUUUCAGAAAGCAUAAAGGACACACAUUCAGCUGGCCUCUGAAAAAAACAAAAGACUGUUUGAUCUACCUUCCAACUCUUUCUGUUUUUAACUUGGAAGUGCGUUUAUAAUCCAAAAUCCACAUAUAAUUGAAACUGAAUUACUGUACAAUAAUGCAACUAGCAUGUUUUGAUAUCAUAAAAAGCAGUAUAUUUCAAUGCAUUUAAACACUUAAAUGACAAUGACAUGAAAAGCCAUGUAGAUUUUAUAUUAUUUAUUAUCUUAUCUGUUUGAUGUCUGUUUUAAGUGUUUACAAUGAAUAUCCUGUUUCACCAAUUUUUAAAUUUAGUAACAAAAAUUACAGAUUUCCUUGUAUGGUUUUAUACUACUUUGAAGAGAAUGUACUUUGUGAGAUGCUUAAAAAGACUUGAACAAAUGCCUUUUUAACAAGAUGCCUAUAAUUUAUUUCUUAUGCUGCUCUCUGUCUUCUUGUUGCUUUACUCAUGUGCUUAGAAUAUAAUGUAUCUUAGCCAAACUGCACACUGUCAGAAUGAAUUAUGUUAGAACACAAUUUUUGUCACUCACUUUCAUUGAUGUGACUAGUAUAAUUGCAACUUACUUGUGAAAUAUGAACAUUGUGGUGAAAUUUGGGGUGUAUCAGUGGACCAAAGGAAUAUUUACAUUAACAGCUUUGGUUCUGCAGUUUGUUGUGCUUCAUAAAUUAUUAAUAAUGAUCAUCCAUUUGUUUAGGCCCAUGCAUUUGUUCUUUGAAUUUUUUUGUAAGUUGUCUUGUUGUUUCAGUUGUUUUUGUUUUGUUGUGAAACUGCACAUAUCUUUUUAUAUAUUUAUGGUAUACUUGUUUUUUUUUUGUAACAUGUGAUUGUCUAUGAAAUGUGUCACCAUAAAUGCAAAGUUUAUUAAAUUUUGAAUUAUUUUUUUCCAGUUUUGAUAUGCAGCAACUUUGGGGAAAAGUUUUACACGAUGCUCCUAGUUAACAAUACUCAUUUGUGGGCUGUAAUUCAUGUUUUGUAUUGAUCAUAUAAAAUUUGAUUGAUUUUUUUUUACUGAUAUAAAAUCUAUAUAAUGUAAAUAAUAUUAUAAAUAAAACACAAAUUCACAGCAAUUAA